GGGAACCAACAGCUCACUGGACUCGGCCACAGCUUCAGUUUCAGUUUCUAUCUCUUUUGCUUUGAUGAAGCAAAUUUGAAGGUUUUACUCCAAUAAUGGAUUCUCGGAAAUGCACUCCGUUUGGUGGUGCAAAUUCUCUUAAUAUGGCACCUUCAAAUAUAUUAAGUAAGGUGAAUGAGAGGGCUAAAUUUGAAAAAGAAGAGAGGGAUACAGGUCACACUGUUGAGGCUGGAGCAGAUGUAGAUAUUAAAGAAGUAUACUUUCUGAUUAUGCACUUUCUAUCCGUUGGGCCAUGUCAGAAGACUUUUGAACAACUUGCGAAUGAUCUUUUGGAACAUCAACUCCUGCCUAGAAGGUAUCAUGCAUGGUUUUCAAGAAGCGGUAUAAGCAAUAGCAAUGAUAAUGAUAGUAGUAGCUCUUUCCCACUGAGUUACAACAAGUUGGUUGAAAGGUAUCCUCAUAUAGAGAACGAUCACUUGGUAAAGCUUCUAAAGCAACUGAUGUUGAGUAUAGCUACUCCUUUGCAUGGCAAGUUUGGAAGAAAUACUCUGAAUGCAGCUGACGUCCCUACAUUGUUGGGAACCGGUUCUUUUUCGCUUCUGGACUGUGAUAGGAAUGUGGUGAAUAAGCGAGUUAAGCCGCUUCCUGCUCACCUGCGUUGGCCUUACAUGCAGGCUGGUCAAAUUCAUGGACUUGGUUUAAGGGAAAUUGGAGGAGGUUUCACUAAGCAUCAUCGUGCACCAUCCAUUCGCUCUGCAUGCUAUGCCAUUGCUAAACCAUCAACUAUGGUGCAAAAAAUGAACAACAAAAAGAAGCUAAGGGGGCAUCGUAAUGCUGUCUAUUGUGCCAUUUUUGAUCGGUCUGGAAGAUAUGUUAUCACUGGAUCGGAUGAUCGUCUUGUCAAGAUUUGGUCAAUGGAAACUGCACUUUGCUUGGCUAGUUGUCGUGGACACGAGGGUGACAUUACUGACUUGGCUGUGAGUUCAAACAACACUUUGGUGGCAUCUGCUUCAAAUGAUUUUGUUAUUCGAGUUUGGCGUUUGCCAGAUGGAUGUCCCAUUUCCGUUCUACAGGGCCAUACUGGAGCUGUGACUGCUAUUGCAUUCAGUCCAAGGCCUAAUGCAAUUUACCAACUUUUAUCGUCAUCAGAUGAUGGGACUUGUCGAAUUUGGGAUGCUAGGUUCUCCCAGUUCCCUCCACGGAUAUUCAUGCCAAAACCUUCGGACCCUUUAACAGGGAAGAGCAAUGGUAUUUCAAGUCUUGGAACCUCAUCAAAUAGUGGCCCACAAGGCCAUCAAAUACUUUGUUGUGCUUACAAUGCUAGUGGAACUGUUUUUGUCACCGGUAGCUCUGACACUUUUGCUCGGGUAUGGAGUGCUUUGAAAUCUAACUCAGAUGACUCAGAACAACCAAUACAUGAGAUGGAUGUAUUAUCUGGCCAUGAGAAUGAUGUCAAUUAUGUGCAAUUCAGUGGUUGUGCCCCUUUAUCAAAAUCUUCAAUUUCUGACUCUUUGAAGGAGGAGAAUGUUAUGAAGUCCAAGAAUUCAUGGUUUUGCCAUAACAACAUAGUUACCUGCUCACGUGAUGGCAGUGCCAUUAUAUGGGUUCCAAAAUCACACAGAUCGCAUGGCAAGUUUGGACGAUGGAUCCGUGCUUACCAUCUCAAAGUUCCACCUCCCCCACUGCCUCCUCAACCUCCUCGAGGUGGCCCACGUCAGAGAUUUCUUCCUACCCCUCGUGGUGUUAACAUGAUUAUAUGGAGCCUGGAUAACCGCUUUGUGCUUGCUGCUAUAAUGGAUUGCAGAAUAUGCGUGUGGAAUGCUGUUGAUGGUAGUUUAGUACAUUCUUUGACUGGUCAUAAUGCAUCUUCUUAUGUUUUGGAUGUUCAUCCGUUUAAUCCUCGGAUUGCUAUGAGUGCUGGGUAUGAUGGACAAACAAUCAUAUGGGAUAUCUGGGAAGGAACACCCAUAAAGAUUUAUGAAGUUGGACAUGUUAAGUUGGUUGAUGGGAAGUUUUCCGCGGAUGGGACAUCCAUUGUACUUUCAGAUGAUGUGGGACAGAUAUAUUUAAUAAACACAGGUGAAGGAGAGUCCCAAAAAGAUGCUAAAUAUGACCAGUUCUUCCUGGGAGAUUAUCGCCCCCUUGUGCGGGAUAAUGCUGGACAUCUUCUUGAUCAGGAGACACAGCUUCCGCCUUAUCGAAGGAAUCUUCAAGAUCUUAUCUGUGACUCAAGUAUGAUUCCAUAUCCGGAGCCAUAUCAGAGUCAAUACCAGCGGCGUCGUCUUGGUGCAUUGGGAAUGGAGUGGAAACCUUCAUCAGUAAAUUUUGCAGUUGGCCUGGAUAUUGGUGCAGGCAUGGACUAUCACUUGCCUCCGUUGCCUGAUUGGGAGAGAGUGAUAGAGCCACUUCCAGAUUUCAUCGAUGCCAUGCUUUGGGAGCCAGAAAAUGAGUUCAUAAGUGAAGAUACUGAUUCAGAUUUUCAUGUUACUGAGGAAAAUUCCAGUGAAGAGGAUAGAGCAAAUAUUAGCACCAGUUCCUCCAGUGAUCCAGAAUGCAGUGCAGAAGACAGUGAAGUUGAAUGCAGCCAUAAGGAUGGUCUUCGCAGAUCAAGAAGAAAAACACAAAAGGUUACCUCUUCUGAGAGACGUGGGAAGAAAAGGAAUUUGAGUGAGGAAGAUGGCAUUAUAUCUGGGAGUAACAGAAUUAAAAAUCCAAAAGGUGGCCGAAAAGUUCCAAAGAGGAACUCUGGAGCAAAAAAGUCAAGACCUCAGAGGGUUGCAGCACGGAAUGCUCGAAAUGUGCUUUCUCAGAACCCCGGAACAUCUACAGAUGGAGAAGAAGAUGACUGGGAAGCUGACUCAUCAGAUAGUGAGCCGCGUCAGAAAAAGUUCCACAGUCAAAGCAAUGAGUUUGAUGGAAGCUAUAAGAAUAUGCAAGAGAUACAGAAUAAAGAAAAACCUUCCCUACAUGAGAUACCUGAUAUCGCCAAUCCUCUUGCUGUUCCUGAGUCUCAAACAAAUGUUCAAAGAAAAAGAUUGGUUUUGAAGCUUCCGCUCCGUCGUGAUUCAAAGAAACAAGAGGCUCUACAGGAUUCUUCAUCUUCUAGAUAUCAUGAAGUCGGUCAAGAUAAGAAGAUUAAUAAUAGCUGUGUGGAUGGAGCUUCAUCUUCGGCAGAUGCCCUUGAUGUGCAGUUCUCUGCAAAUCUCGUGAGUAAUGUGUUUACAGAUCCUGGGAAAACCAUAGAGGCUGGGAAUCCUGUGGAGGCAUCUUCAUGUGAUGUGGAGAACAAAAUUAGGUGGGGAGAGGUGAAAAGCCGCACACCAAAGCAUGCAAGAAAGCACUCUGAUGAAUCAAUGGAUAAUGCUCCCCUUAAGUUUCUUGCACGGGAAGAAAUAGGUCCUGGAACCUUAAUGCAUGGAAAUCCUUCAUGCAUGGACCGGAAUGUGAAUCUGGAAGAAGUACCAGAAAUGAGUGGAGGUUCUGGCACAUCAAGUUCACGGAGAUUUUUCUGCAAGGAUAGGACAAAAGCAGAAGGCUUUGAUGGUAAAUUGGAAGAAAAUACUUCUCGGAGCAAUGAUCAUUAUGAUGCAGGAAUGAAUCUCCCUGAAGCUGCAACUGAUUCAGCACGCAGGCUAAGAACCAUAAAGAUCAAGGCGACUUCACGUGAACUGGACUCUUUGAGCCGUAUCCCUAAGUCGAGAGUGGUCCAUCAAAGGACAUCAAUAGAUGCAGAAGAUUCCACUGCCAAAGUCCGUGAUACAAGACUUCAGAGAUCAAUGUCUACUAGAAAUCAGCUGAACCAAAGUUUGUCAACUCAAAGGAUGUUGACUAACCCUGUCGGAAAAUUUUCAUGGCUGAUGUUGUCGAAACACGACGAAGGUUACCGUUAUAUUCCUCAGCUAGGUGAUGAAGUUGCAUACUUGAGACAGGGUCAUCAAGAGUAUAUGGACUUGGCUUUGAAGUCGGAUCACGGCCCUUGGGGUCCGUGGGGAUCAGUGAAGGAAAAAAUCAGAGCUGUGGAAAUCUGCAAGGUUGUAGGCCUCGACUAUGAUACCAUGCCUGGUUCAGGAGAAAGCUGUAGCAAGAUCUUAUUCAGAUUUGUGGAGCCUUCUUCUGCUCUGUAUGGUAAAACCUUUAAAUUGACAAUGCCUGAAAUUGACUUUAAUGACUUCAUAGUUGAGAAAAGCUGGUAUGAUGCUGCCAUUGGAAGAAACUGGGCAGUCGGAGAACACUGUGAUGUCUGGUGGAGGGACUCAGAGUUAGAGGGAGGCGGUGCGUGGUGGCAAGGCCAAAUUGUGCGCUGUCAGGAAAAAUCUCAUGAGUUUCCUGAUAGCCCGUGGUUAAGAUAUGAGGUUAGCUACGAGAAUGAAGAUGAUUUACCUCAUAGGCAUUGUCCUUGGGAACUGCAUGAUGUGUCCAUGUCAUGGGAAGCACCGCAUAUUGAUCAUGAAAGCAGAGAUAAGCUGCUUCACUUUUUCACUAAAUCAGAAAGAAAGGACUCUGAGGCCAUCCAAGAAAUGAAUCGAGCUGUUCAGAAGGUGGAUUUCUGCAACAGCUUUCCUGUUCCAUUGUUCCCUGAACUAAUCGAAGCAAGGUUAAGGAAUGACUAUUAUAGGAGCUUGGAAGCAGUGAAGCAUGACAUAACCCAGAUGCUAGAAAACGCUCGGCAUUACUUCAAGAGAAAUGAAUUGCAAGCCAGGAUUAAGCACAUUUCAAAAUGGUUUAAGAAAAAAAUUUCUAGGUUGUAGAGGGAGAUGGAGAACCAUCUUGAUAGAUUCAUGUUUUUUUUUCUGUGUAAUCUAGGUUUUAGGCCCCCUUCAUAAUUUUUCUGGGUAAAGCAGUCCUUCCGAAGGAAGAGAGAAAUCCUUGAGGUGGGAUAUGUUUCUUUGUAUGCACUCUUGGAUCUAAAUAUUAAAUAUCAUCAUAAUAGUUGUUUCUCUUUCAUACGAAGAAUGCUUAGUUAGAAGGUUUUGGAUUGAGUUUCGAUUUUAGUGGAGAGAAAUAUAAGUGCUUUGU